AUGGUGACAACUAGGUGUAGACAUUACGCAGAGAACCAGAGCUUCAAGGCUCGAACGAAAGCAUCAGAGAGACAACAGACCAAACGUGUCAAAAAUCCCCCUUCUUCAUCCACAUCGUUCAGGUCUGGAGACAAGCACCGAGAUCACGUGCGAGAGACGAUUGUGACGGCGUUGUCGAAAGUUGCAGAAGAGGUCGGAGAAGAGAUGGCAGACGAGGUCGAAGGUUGCGACGUGAACCGAGUUGCUGUCUCCAUGGAGACGGCGCUGUUCGAGAAGUUGGGUCUGUUCAAGCCAUUGGAGCGUCCCAGACUGCUCAAGGAAAUCCCCAUACGGAUGACAUAUAGACGGAUACUGUACUAUCUCGAGUGUACGGACAGCCUCGAUGUGAGGAAGAAGCUUGUUCUUGGACAACUCAGUCCCCAAGACCUGGUCAAAUCACGCCUGUAG